AGCCCCUCCUCCUCUUCUUCUGCUCCUCCCUCUUUCCUCCCUCUCUCCUCCCUCUCUCCUCCUCCUCCUCUCUCUCCUCCUCUACUCUCUUCUCCUCUCUUCUCCUCCUCAGUCUUCAUCCAUCAUGUCCAGGGUGGAGGUGCUCCGUCAGUGGCUGCAGGAGGACCGUCAGUCCAGGAAACUCAUCCUGUUCAUAGUGUUCGUGGCUCUGCUUCUGGAUAACAUGUUAAUGACUGUGGUCGUUCCCAUCAUUCCCAGUUACCUCUAUAACCUGGAUGAGUCGUCUAAAGUGGUCAACACCAGUACUUCUCAGUCCAACGCUCCGGCCGCCUUCAGCAGCAUCGUGUCCUUAUACGACAACACGGUGAGGUCAUCGGGGUACAACGCCACCGCCAGGUCACCGGACCCCACCCCCCCUGCCCUCAGCCCCACCCCCACCCCUCCGGCUAACUUGUCCGAGUGCCCGCGCUCCUCCAGCACGCUGGUCAACGAGAACAUUAAAGUGGGGAUGCUGUUCGCCUCCAAAGCCGCCGUCCAGGUCAUUACCAACCCCUUCAUCGGACCGCUGACCAACAGAAUAGGAUACCAAAUUCCGAUCUUCGCUGGUUUCUGCAUCAUGUUCAUGUCCACCAUCAUGUUUGCCUUCUCGUCCAGCUACACUCUUCUGUUUCUGGCCCGUUCGCUCCAGGGUGUGGGUUCGGCCUGUUCCUCUGUGGCAGGCAUGGGCAUGUUGGCCAGUGUGUACACAGAUGACGCAGAGAGAGGCCACGCUAUCGGCAUCGCCCUGGGGGGUCUGGCCAUGGGGGUUCUAGUGGGACCUCCGUUCGGAAGUGUCCUGUAUGAGUUUGUUGGGAAAACUGCUCCGUUCCUGAUUCUGGCUUUCCUGGCUUUGUUUGAUGGAGCUCUGCAGCUGUUUGUUCUGAAACCAACUAAAGUGGAACCAGAGAGCCAAAAGGGGACUCCUCUGUUGACGCUCCUGAAGGAUCCGUACAUUUUAAUUGCCGCCGGUGCCAUUUGUUUUGGGAAUAUGGGAAUCGCCAUGAUGGAGCCGACGCUGCCCAUCUGGAUGAUGGAGACCAUGUGUGCCAGGAAGUGGCAGCUGGGUAUCGCCUUCUUACCCGCCUCCAUCUCAUACCUUAUUGGAACCAACAUCUUUGGAAAGUUGGCGCACAAGAUGGGGAGGUGGCUGUGCGCUCUGAUUGGGAUGGUGAUGGUUGGAGUCAGUGUCGUAUGUGUUCCAUUUGCCAGUAGCAUCAACGGUCUGAUCGUUCCAAACUUCGGUGUUGGUUUUGCCAUCGGCAUGGUGGACUCGUCUAUGAUGCCCAUCAUGGGGUACCUGGUGGACCUGCGCCACGUGUCGGUCUAUGGAAGUGUGUACGCCAUCGCAGACGUGGCCUUCUGUAUGGGAUUUGCUUUAGGUCCGUCCAUUGGAGGAUCCAUCGCAGAGACCAUUGGCUUCGCCUGGCUCAUGACCAUCAUUGGAAUCGUGGACAUCUGCUUCGCCCCUCUGUGCCUCUUCCUCAGGAAUCCACCAGGACAAGAAGAGAAAAUUGCCAUCCUAAUGGACUCCAACUGCUCCAUGAAGACCAGGUCCUACUCCACACAGGGGACGUACUACCAAGGGGACGACGUGGACCCAGAUUACGAUGACUACGAUUAACAGGACCACCGCCGCUGCCGCACAGGGUCACCCUUCAGAGGAUCUAUUUUGUUGUAUAAAAAAAGGAACAAAGAAGAAAAAAAAACUGCGCAUCCAAAAAGAAACUGCCCAGAUGUUUCCAUGUGAAUGUCCAGCGUUCUGUCGUCACUGUCCUUGUCCUGUUAGCGGUUGUACCGGCGCAAACCGGUGUCCUGUUAGCGGUUGUACCGGCGCAAACCGGUGUCCUGUUAGUGGUUGUACUGGCGCAAACCAGUGUCCUGUUAGCGGUUGUACCGGCGCAAACCAGUGUCCUGUUAGCGGUUGUACCGGAGCAAACCGGUGUCCUGUUAGCGGUGUUACUGGAGCAAACCAGUGUCCUGUUAGCGGUUGUACAGGACUGUCCGGUGUCCUGUUAGCGGUUGUACCGGAGCAAACCAAAGCUGUUCUGAUCUGUGCUUACAAGUGCAUUUGUUUGUGUGAGAUGUGUUUAGCCUUAACAGCCUUAUUCAGUAGAAAGAUACAUGUGAAUUAAAGCACUGAGGAGGAGGAG